UGAGUUUACUGCUAGCUUCCGGUUUUCUUGCAAGCUCUAUAUUAGUGUUGAUUUGGCGUUUGCACUAGACAGGCGUGUUGGUGAAUUUUAUAAAAAUUGGUCUGUGAGACCGACGCGGGUACUUUUUAAUAUUAUAAUGAAUGAAGAGCAAAUCAGACUACUUUUGGAGGAAAAAAAUUCGACUUCUGAUUAUGAGGAUGAAAAUGACAGCGACGUUGAAGUAUUUGUUGCAGGAGAUGUAGAAAGUUAUGAUACCGAGCAAGCAGAUGAUGAAGAAAUCGACGAGGAGUUAAAUGAGAUAGAUGAUAGAGAAUUUUAUCUUGGUAAAGAUGGACACACUAGGUGGAAUAAGGAUGCUCCGUCAAAUCGUGUAAGACGUCUCGCUAGGAAUAUAGUCACUCAACUGCCAGGGCCUAGAAAAGAAGCAAACAACUUGAAGGAAAUAGGCGAGGUUUGGAGAUUAUUUUUUACUGAAGUUGUUAUAAAUCGUAUUGUAAAGUAUACUAAUGAACAUAUUGAUCUCAUAAAACCUAAUUUUUCAAGAGAAAGCGACUGACCUAUACAGACAACAUAGAAAUCGAAGCCCUUUUAGGCCUUUUAAUCUUUGCUGGAGUUAGGAGAAAUAGUAGCUUGAAUGCUAAAGAUUUAUCCAAAACAGAUGGUUCCUUUCCGGAGAUAUUUCGAUUAACUAUGAGAUGGAAAAGAUUUUAUUUAUUAAUGCGGUGUCUAAGAUUUGACAAUAAAUUCACGUGAGCUGAAAGGACUGCCGUAGAUAAACUAGCUCCAAUAAGGGAAUUAUUUGAAGAAGUUGUAGCCGCGUUUCAAAAAUACUACAGUGUGUCUCAGUUUACUUUGAUGUUUUUAUUGCAAAUAAAUAUUUUUUAAGCUAGAAAAGGCAUUUUUUGUUUUUUUUUCGAAGAGGUAAAAGCGUAAGUUUUCUUUUUAAGGCAGAUUUUUACAUGAAUUGCGAUAUUCCAUGAUUUUUUAUUUCAAGACUAAAAACUAAUAUAAUUUAUAAUUUAUGCAUUGUCCAAGAAGUGUUUUUAAGUUAUUAUAACUUAUUUUUAUUUAUGUGAAUAAAAAAAAUGUUAUUGUUUUGUUUUUGUAGUACUUAAGAAAAAAUUAUCGAUUUUGAUGGCGUUUUUGUUAAUCACUUAAAAUCAAUAAAAUAAGUGAAUACAAAUUAAUGCGUAGUUUUAU